AUGCCCACCGAUCCUUACAUCGAAUCCGUCUCGAAAGACCCCGCCAACCCCAGGUUUCGAUGCAAUGCUUGCAACACCCGCGGAAUGGCCAAUUAUGAACAUCACAUCAAGUCCGCUGCUCACCAACUCAAGGUUGCGAGGUUUGUCAACCGCCUGGCCGACGAAGAGCAGAUGCUCGUCGGGUUAUCUGGGCAACUGCCGAUAGAAACGGAUACACCAGUGACCCCUCUGAUGGAGACAACCUUUGAACCCGAUCCCCAAAUUGGAGAUAACAUUCGACCUCCUUCUCCUCUCACUCGCCUUCUGUCACUGGACGCAUCCGACUUUCUUGGAACGAGUUUUGAUACAGACAACUGGAAUGACACCGAUGCCCAUAUUGGUUUCGAUAGGCUGCGUCAAGCCCUGGAGACCCUUGAUAACCUCGAGUUUGACGACGACGACAACGACGUUCCUGAAGACGAGGAACCUCAUGAUCCCAAUCUUGCGCGUGCUCGAGCACGCGAAGCCAUUGAAUGGCAUCCAUUUAAAAACAAAGAGGAUUGUUAA